ACCACCGACUGAGCGGCUCUUUGUGUGCGCCCUGGGUGCGCAGCGCAGAAGCGCAGCGGGCAGCGCAGGCCCUAGCCAGAGGUAUGCGGCUACCCCGUUUCUCCAGCACUGUCAUGCUUUCGCUCCUGAUGGUACAGACUGGCAUCCUGGUCUUCCUGGUCUCCCGGCAAGUGCCAUCGUCCCCAGCAGGCCUUGGGGAGCGUGUGCACGUGCUGGUACUGUCCUCGUGGCGCUCGGGCUCGUCCUUCGUGGGCCAGCUCUUCAGCCAACACCCCGAUGUCUUCUACCUGAUGGAGCCGGCUUGGCACGUCUGGGAUACGUUGUCGCAGGGCAGUGCCCCCGCACUCCACAUGGCCGUGCGUGACCUGAUCCGCUCAGUGUUCCUAUGCGACAUGGACGUAUUUGAUGCCUACCUGCCCUGGCGCCGCAACAUCUCGGAUCUCUUCCAGUGGGCGGUGAGCCGCGCAUUGUGCUCACCUCCGGUCUGCGAAGCCUUCGCUCGUGGCAACAUCAGCAGCGAGGAGGUGUGUAAGCCUCUGUGCGCAACGCGGCCCUUCGGCCUGGCUCAGGAAGCCUGCAGCUCCUAUAGUCACGUCGUGCUCAAGGAGGUGCGCUUCUUUAACCUACAGGUGCUCUACCCGCUGCUCAGCGACCCUGCGCUCAACCUGCGCAUCGUGCACCUAGUGCGCGACCCGCGGGCCGUGCUGCGCUCCCGAGAGCAGACAGCCAAGGCGCUGGCACGGGACAAUGGCAUCGUCCUGGGUACCAACGGCACGUGGGUGGAGGCGGACCCCCGGCUGCGCGUGGUCAACGAGGUAUGCCGCAGCCAUGUGCGCAUCGCAGAGGCAGCCUUGCACAAGCCGCCGCCCUUCUUGCAAGAUCGCUACCGCCUGGUGCGCUACGAGGAUCUGGCCCGGGACCCACUCACCGUAAUCCGUGAACUCUAUGCCUUCACCGGCCUGGGUCUCACGCCGCAGCUCCAGACUUGGAUCCACAAUAUCACGCAUGGUUCAGGGCCAGGCGCGCGCCGUGAAGCCUUCAAGACCACAUCCAGGGAUGCGCUCAGUGUAUCCCAGGCCUGGCGCCACACGCUGCCCUUUGCCAAGAUUCGCCGGGUCCAGGAACUGUGCGGGGGUGCACUGCAGCUGCUGGGUUACCGGUCUGUGCAUUCGGAGCUUGAGCAAAGGGACCUCUCUCUGGACCUCCUGCUGCCAAGAGGCAUGGACAGUUUCAAGUGGGCAUCGUCCACGGAGAAGCAACCGGAAUCUUAGAAUUUUAGUGGAGAGACCCAGCUAUAACAUUAGGGUCUAUUGGAGUAUGAUAAAGAAAGGGCUUGGAGAACCCAAAAGCAAGUAGCUGGGAGUGUGAGUGAUCUUGUCCUGUACUAGGAAAGGAUGGAGUCCAAAUCCCACAUCUCUUUCUGUCCAGAUUGUAGUUUUCGGUUGGGUCUUUUAGGAUUUGGAUUCCCACCAAGUACUAUCGAAUGGAAAGCAAAAGCUGUGCCCACUUCCUUCAGAGAGGCAGCCAGCCUCCUACUAAAGCACUUCCUUUCUCGUUGACUCUCUCCCCUCUUUGAUCAUACCAUGCAAUCGCAGAGAAUGGGGUCCCAGGCCUGCUCUGGAGUGCGGGAAAGGCGCGGCUGUGGGCUGGCUCCUAAAAUCUGUGCACCUGCCUCUCGUUGGCUCACCCAGACCUCUGCUCACUGCCACGCCCUAGUAUCUCAGUCCAUCAUAGACUUGGACAGUUAUGGGCCUGGUCAAGGAGGAAAAUGAGACGAUGCUUCCCUCUGUGAUUCUCUGCCUGACCUUCUAGAAGGGAAUCCAGGCACACACACAACCAUACCUGAGGAGGAUGGCUUUUUAAUGAAUCUUUGAUUUGUCCUGAGAUGAAAGAUCCUAAUUUAUGGAAAUAAACAUAAAUAUGCUGCGUGAUCCA